GCGACUCAUUCCACCGCCGCAGCGCUGCCAACUCAUUCGAUUUCCGUGUGAAAAGCGUGACGUGUGUUUUGCUUAAUUAAAUAUUUCAGUUCUUAUUGCCAAUUGCAAAAUGGCUGAGUACAACCGCGAGCGCCACCGCAGGCGCCUUCGCCAACACAAUCCCGAGAUCUUCCAGGGGGCCAACGUUUGCAAGGCCAUCAUCAGAAAGCUGUUCUCCAGCGAAUACAAGCCACUGGCUUGGGUGUUCUACGACCCGAUAGAGGCUGAAUUUUUGGGACUGCACGACUACCAUAGAAUUGUCCACGAGCCCAUACAUCUGAAAUUCAUCAGGAAUCGCCUCAACAAGGGAAACUAUACAAAUGCUGGAGACUUUGAGCGGGACAUGCGACAGAUAUUCAACAACACGUAUCUGUACACGCCGCCCAACCAUGUGUGCCACCAAAUGGCCAAGAAACUGGAGCGCAUCUUUGACAAAAUGUUUUCGGAGAUUUCGGCCACCCCAAGGAGCGACACCACAAGCGAGGCUGCCAUGAGUCCGUUCACUGAGAGCGCGAAGGGAAUGCGCGCAGCGAUUCCUGACACACUCACACCACCGGAGGAGGAGCUGGAAGAGGAUAAAUCCCUUAGUCUGACGAUUUCCAGCGAAUCAGAGUGGGAGAGUGAGGAUGACGAGCGUCCGUGGAGUGAAAAGGCUGAUAAGAAACUGGCCAAAAGGCUUCGUAAACUCAGGGGAGAAGCCUUGCUGCGGGUUAUGCACAUAAUCAAAUACAUGGAGAAGCUGCCGAUCGUCAAAUGUGAGCUGAACUUCGAUGUGGCCACGCUGCAGAGCGUAACGAAGCGGACCAUUGCCAGCUACUUGUACGAAAUGGGUCACAAGUUCCGGGGAAAAUAA